AUGGUACUAAGAAGGAGAUACAGCAAAGAGUUCGGCCGUAAGGCCACUCCCAUACCGAAAUACUUCAGCGAAAUAACCUUUGACGAGAGUUCAGAAUCGGAAACAUUUGAAAGCGAGACUUCAUCUUACACGACGUACUCCGGCGAAUCUGAAACUACGACUGUAACAACGGAAGACACCUUGAGCAUGAUCAGUACUCCUUGGAGCAGUGAAACGUGGGACUCUGCCGUUUUCAACAGUGCAAAUUCAGAGAAGACGCUAACACCGAAAUCUUCCACGUCCUAUGGAGCUACGACACCGUUCUUUAGCGUCAGCAGCAAAAACACUUUGACGUUAUUAGAAUCAGCUGUUUCGCUCAAUGAAAGUCACGUGAUGAAGCCGACCAUUCGAGCGACCCAGUCGAUGUCUUCGGGAACUUUAAGUUCGUGGACCCUUGAAAGUUUCACCAGCACGGGUCUCAUAGACUCUGAUAUUCUAAAAGUCGAGUAUCCCUGGAGCCCUUGCACUGAUAUGAGCGGAACUGAUGUAUACCCUAGUAGUGUAGACACGUUCGAAUCUAGAAAAGGUAGCAGGGCUGCAAUGAAUACUCUCAGCAAGAGAGAGCUAUUUCCCAUGAAUUAUUUGUGUACACCGCACGAAGACACUGUUCUAGAUUGGAUGUUAGUGAAGAACAAAGGGAUUUGUGUGUCGUGACGGGGAAAAAAACCUCAAAAAAAACAGUAAAAUAACUUUAUUUGAAA